UCUAGGCGCUGGGCGGUUAGCCACCGCCUCGAUUAAUGCCUAGGCGUUUGAAAAUUAAGAAAGGGCGUCUAGAUCUACUAAGGUGCCUGCCUAGACCGUCUAGGCGCCCGUCUAGCCUGACCAGACCCGUUUAGACAUCAGCUUAAGUUGUGACUCACUUAGACAAAAAAUAAAUAACUUGUAUUUUGCAUUUUAUUUUUUUAAUAAAUUGUAAUAGACUUGUUGAAUACUUAAGGAACACACAUUAUAUAUUUGUUUUCCAUGUUUUUAUUAUGUUUCAAUAGCUCAUAAUAUAUGUCAUUUCAUUUUGUAGUUUAUGAUGAAAUCAUAUAUAUUUUAAGUAUAAACAAACAUUUAUUUACAUGAAAUAUAAUAGAUUUAAUUUUCCGCAUAUACCUCGUUUAGCCGCCUAGGCACUAGAUCCCAGCCCGCUGGCCGACUAGCGUUGACGUCUUUUAGAACUUGUGUAAAGUUGCAUGAUAUUGCAUUAUUGGUUGGAAUUACCGUCAAGUUUGGAGAUAUGGUCAAAGUCCGGUCUUGAUGUUAGCUAAAUCUUUUUGCCCUACACAUACAUAACGCACCUCUUUGACUUCUAAACUUUUCGGUUCCUCCCACAUUUUACCUACCCUUUUUCUAAUACCGACUUCUUUUGGUAUUGGCCAACACACUUUACAUGAAGAACCUAACAUCAUAUCUUUACUAGCACCAACCCUUUAUAAACUCUCACAAACUGGGAGACCGUCAGUUGAAGAAACUGGAAGAGCUUCUUUUCGUUUGAAGAAUUAUGUCCAUUGUUGAAGAAGCACCGGACUUUCUUCAAGUUUUUUCCGAUGGAUCUGUAAAACGCUUUUCACCCGGGGUGGCAUCUGCCUCACCAGAAUCAACCGACGGAUUCAAGUCCAAGGAUGUGAUUAUUGACUCAUCGAAACCCAUUACGGGAAGGAUUUUCCUUCCUGGUAAUCCAACAUCUUCGAAGAAGCUUCCGGUUGUGGUUAAUUUUCACGGUGGUGGCUUCUGCAUUGGCUCAACCACAUGGCUUGGCUACCAUCAUUUCUUAGGAGGCUUAGCUGUUGCAUCCCAAUCCAUUGUUGUGUCCGUUGACUAUCGUUUAGCUCCAGAGAACCGGCUCCCCGUAGCUUAUGAAGACUGCUAUUACACGUUCGAUUGGCUUAGUUGCCAAGCAAGUUCUGAACCAUGGCUAGACAAAGCUGAUCUCUCUCGGGUUUUUCUCACCGGGGACAGCGCUGGAGGGAACAUAACUCACAAUGUUGCUGUGAAAGCCAUUUGCAAUCGAAUCGGUCACGUCAAAAUAAGGGGAUUAUUGUUGGUACAUCCUUAUUUUGGGAGUGAAAAGAGAACCGAGAUAGAGAUGGCUGAAGAGGGAGCAAAGGAUGUGGCGAGCAAUGACAUGUUUUGGCGACUAAGCAUACCUAAAGGCUCCAACCGAGACUAUUUCGGAUGUAACUUUGAAAAGACCGGACUGUCUGCAACCGAAUGGAGCGAUGAGUUCCCUGCUGUAGUUGUUUAUGUGGCUGGCUUGGAUUUUUUGAAAGAGAGGGGAGUGAUGUAUGCAGAGUUUCUGCAGAAAAAAGGAGUUAAAGAAGUGAAGCUGGUGGAGGCGGAGAACGAGUCUCAUGUGUUUCAUGUCUUCCAUCCCGAUUCAGAGGGGGCCGGUUUGCUUCAGAGAAACAUGGGUGAAUUCAUCAGGAGCCAUUAGCGAUUUCAGAUGGCAGUCACUAGGGCAUUCUGAUAUGAACCAUUUGUAAAAUAACGGAGACAUGAACUCCUUCUAUCUGCAUUUUAGUAAUCA